AUGACAGAGCCUGCAAGCUUUGUCCCCCUUGCGCUGUACAGUAUCGUGGAAGAAACUCCUGGACCCCAGACACUGGGAGACUUACUUCCCCUCCUCACCGCCACUGAAUCAAUUUCAUCCAGCGGUGCCAACGCUAGCCACCUUUCAGCCAUCGUCUUUUUUCCCUCAACACAGCCCUUCUCGGAGUACUUCCAACUUCAACGACGGACACGGACUGAACAUGGUCGGGAGUUUCUGACUGCAUGCUAUCUGAACCUCCAGAAGUCCAUUGAUUUGGAGGAUGCCUGCAAAAUUCGCAUUUAUGGACAAGACUGCGCGAAGACCACACAAGCAGCCAUGCGGGGACGUACCUGUUGUUGUGAUACCUCUCUUCUCUUUUGCUCAUUUCAACUCCAACUGGCCAUGAUCGGCGGCCAUUCCAAUUUGCCUACUGUCGGUCUCUUUUCCCCAGCCCAACGACAGCAGUCCUUCCCCGUUUUUCUGGUUGAGGUCCGGAUAUUUGACGUGAAUGAAAACACCCCUACCUACAGUCAGUCGGAGUAUUCCUUACGCAUCACUGAGGGUCGUGAGUCCAGGACUAGUUUCCAACUGCCACCUGCACGCGACGCGGAUAUGGGCGAAAAUGGUCGUAUCACCUACCUUCUUGGCGAUAUGUUUGCUAAGUCGACAAAAAGUGCCGAUUGGCAGCGCUGUCCCAACUGUUCCAGUGUUUUUCAUCUGAUCCAAAAACCUGUAAUGGAAGAUCCACCGAAUAGCCAGGGUUUGCUUUAUCUUCAGGUGAACGGCGAACUAGAUCGCGAAAGGAGAAACGCCUAUCGUCUACUGGUCCUAGCGAAAGAUGCUGGCCGACCUACUCAGAAAACUGGGACUUUGCAUGUUCUAAUUGAGGUCUUGGACAGCAAUGACAUGAAACCAGAAUUUUCUUGUCCAGUUUAUAACCUGCAGAUCGAGGAAAAUGUGCCUCGAGGUACUUUUGUUGGACGAUUUGAAGCAAAAGACAGGGAUGUUGGAGUGAAUGCUCGCGUAUCUUAUUCCCUUCGUCCGAAGCCCAGAGGUCUUUCAGAAAACCCCUUCUAUCCGUCCGUAGACACGAACACGCCAUUCAGUAUCAAUGCUGUUACGGGUGUGAUAACAGUAAAUGGAUCCUUAGACAGGGAACGGAAAGCAGCCUACUCCCUGUACGUUGAGGCAACAGAUCACGGAUCUCCUGCAAGGUCAUCCGAAUCAAUUGUUCAUAUAACUGUUUUGGACAUGAAUGAUAAUUCUCCCAGGGUAGCAAUUCGGACACUAAAAACGGCUGUCCAGAUUAGAGAAGUCAGCACUGGCAACACUAACGCCAAGGAAAUUCGGGAAUUCGAGAUCAUGCUUCCUGAAAAUCUACCAGUGGAUGAAGACCUGGCAGAAAUCGAUGCAUUCGACCCUGAUGCUGGUAGUAAUGGGUCUGUCGCUUGUGCGCUUCCCAGUGAUAUCUUUGCCAUUAAACCAGUGCAGCCGGCAUCACUCAUCGUGUCCGGAGCCGCCGAUAACAACAGCACUGCACAAUCCUACCAAAUUACAAAAUAUCACCUACAGCUGUCUGAGCCUAUUGACUUUGAGCGACAGCAGUUCUACCGUCUGGUACUCACGUGCUAUGAUUCAGGCACACCUUUUCAGCGUUCAACGCGUAAUAUUAUAAAUGUUUUUAUCAGUGAUGAAAACGACAACCCACCCGUGCUUGGCAGGCCAGAGGUCAUAAAACCCGCCUGGAAGGUGGAAAAGAGUGUUCUCGAUUCGUGGAAGGGUGAUAAACCCGAGUUCAUGGACUCCCUGGAAGAAAUUCUGGCAAAAUGCCAUUUGCUUAUAUGCUUGCCUAAGCGGUUGGCAAUAAAUCAGCCCUUUCUGCGCAUACCGGCGACUGAUCGCGAUACUGAAAAUAAUGCGAAACUUGAAUAUCGACUGUCCGUUUUUGAAAACUCUGGUUUCGAAAAUGAACCAUACCACGCCGAGUUGUUUGAGGCUGACACUUUGACAGGGCACAUAUUUCUUAAAAGGAAUUUGGACUUCAUGCAGCAGACCCGUUUGCUAAAAGUCACAUUGACUGUGGGUGACUUAGGUCUCCCUUCCUUGAACACCAACAUGGACUUUUACACAGUAGUCACGCACGAAAAUCUAAAUGCACCAAGCAUACAGAUUCUAAAUUUCGGACUCAUCGGAUCAUUAUCUCCCUUUCAGGAAGUGGACGUAUCUUCUGAAUCUAAUGGCCCAACUACACACAUUCCAUUUUACAUUCCAAAAGUCCGAAAAUUUGGUAUGGUCAUUGGCCAAAUUCAGGCAACGGAUAAGGAUGCUGGACUUGCCGGCAAAAUAUCCUUUGACUUUUCCUUCAAAAGCGCAGUUCCGGAAGAUACAGGUGACUGUUUAGCAAAGUUUAGAGAUCCAGUUGACAUUAACAACAGCUCGGGUGUGUUAUCGAUUGGCGCAGGCCUAGUAACGGACUUUAAUAAGUGCAGGACAUUGGCGACGGUCACCGCUUGGGACCAAGGACUGCCACAGAAGAUGACAAAAGUCAUCCUUAACUUUCAAGAAUUUGAUUUGACAACAAAAUUCCCCACGCUACGAUUAAAUGAGCAGUUUCUCGUGAGCCAAAACCAAAGGAAUUUAGUUGAAUGUGCCCAGUGGAUCAAAACCAAUGGCAGUUUUGAAGCCUGCGCAUCAACCUUAGAUUACAACCUACCGCUAUUGCAAAACGAUAAUGAUACAUCACCGACUACUUCUACCGACCUUCCAUUUACAUUUCUGACAGUGGAUAAUGAGCGUAUUCCUGGACUUUCUGAAGUUGAAAUUGAAGUGGAAAAUUGUAGCAGCGCAGAGUACUCGCCUCUGACGGGUUCAUUCAACUUCUCUGCAAGUACUGGGCAACUGCACCUUAUCAGACAUUUGAACGCAACAGAUAGUAAUCAAAGCGAAACACUUCAUUUAGUGAUGACAGAUGCAAUCUGGCCAUCCGUACCACCAACAGUCCUCCGUGUCAGUGUGCAGUCAGGAAGUAUGGACGCCAACUGUACGCACUUCCGUGUUACCCUGACAGUGGGAGUCACUGCUAAAACCGAGUGUCCGCGGUCUGUGGACAGCAAAAACGUUUUAGACGGUACAACAAGAAAAAGUGACAAUUUUAAAAUGUACAUGCUGGCAGUUUGGGCAAUAGUUUGUAUCCUAUGCAUACUACUGUUUUUUCAGACAAUAAUUCUAAAACGAACGCGCAGGCAUCUUUUGCAUUGCCGGCGCUUUUUCCGCACUUCCAACAAAAAAGCUCCACUUCCGUCUCUUGGCCUGGUAUACGAAGGCAAAUGUGAACCUUCAAAACGAAGCAUGACCGCAGAGGAGUCUCCCAAUAACACACGGACCACAAAUCUCAAGAUGUCCGGUGAGAUCUUCUACUAA